UUCAGGAAAAAGUCGCGAUUAGUUGAUUGGGGUACCGUUCUUCUUUCGUUGGUUAGUUAGUUGGUGUCACCUCUUAGAGCACCUUUACACUACUGUAAACACUCGUCGUCGCGGAUUAAUUACGGUGGCAGCUGCUUCCGUCUCGCGGCCUACUUUGAUUUGCGAAAAAGUUUGCUGUUGUGUUGUUGGAGAAGAAAGCAAUAAUAAUUCGAUUAGCAGCUGUUUUUUUUUCUUUGGGGAAUUCGACGGGGGACGGAAUUUAAGGGAGGUGUCGGUUCGCAGCUUGCUGAGGUUUCGAAAUUUGGCACCACUUUGAUGGGAGAAAAGUUCGAUUUCGGUCUUGUCGUAACAAAGUGAGAAGCUUCAAAGUUUGGGAUCGGAAUUUCGUUUUUACGUCGUGUCACCGCCGCGAUUGACGUAGGUUAUUUGUGUUUGAGAUAAUCGGUUUCACCUCCCCCUCUUCACCACUCUUCAGGAAGGAAUCUGCCUGAGCACUUGCGACGAGAGGUUCUCAGGAGGAGGAGCAGGACCAGGAAGAAGAAACAACAUCAACAAACCUUCCCAACCUGCUCUUAUCGCUCCUCGCAGCGGGAACGAGCACUUGACUGAUAAGGCGGGGAGUUGUGUGUUUGUGCGUGUCCCCGCGGGACCACAAUCUGGGAAGAGUUCCAACAGUGUCACGCAACGCCGAACCUCGCGAAAGUGCGAAGAAAGUGGCACACAGCGAAGUUGUCAAAAAAGCCAGCAACGAAGACCACGGAGAGUGCAGUGAAAUCGUGAUGAUUGGUCUGGAAGUGGCGGCGGCGAAUUUCUCGUAGAGUCCAACACCACCAACAAGUGGGGGGCGAACCAUACGCGCCACUGGAGCAGCAGGAAACGAGGAGGAAGAGUGAUGGGGGUCUGUUUGUGCAAGGAUAAGGUGGAGGAGGGCUAUCUCAAUGAAAACAGCCGCGAUUCGUACACGGCCAGUACGGCGGGGAAUGGCGGCGACGGCGGUGACGCAACGCACCUUGGUGGGGGAGGAGGAGGGCGAGGUGGUGGCGGUGGAGGUGCAAGAUCAUGUGGCCGGGGAGGGGCGGCGCUGACGGAUCGGAAGAUUUCCCUCUCGGACACGGUCGACGAGCUGGUGAAGGAGACGCUCGAGAUUAUCGGAUCGAUCGUGGACAAUGAACCCGAACCGCCAAAUUCGAUGAUCUUGCUGCAUGACAUCACCGAUAAGCCGACCGGCUGGAUCCAGCUGGUCAAGUCACUGAUCCGAGUCGUACCGCUGGAACAUCCCAUGGGACCGAGCGUCAUCACGCUGCUGCUGGACGACAGUCCACUGCCAACGAAGGACUCGGUGCUGGAGGUUGCCGAUAUGAUAACGCACUCCAUCCGACGCACACCGAAGCGGGAGCGGAAUCUCUGCGUAAUCCUGGGCUGUCUGGCGGAAAAGCUGGCCGGACCGAGCAGCAUAGCGGUACUGUCCGAUGUGACGCUGGGAUAUCUGCUGGGGAAUUUGGACGAAGGCAUCCAUCCGGACGUGAUGCUGUUUUCGUUGAUCGCGUUGGAAAAGUUUGCCCAAACUAGUGAGAAUAAGGCCACCAUUAAGCGGAAGUUGGCCCUCUAUCCGGAAAAUCCGCUGACCAGGUUGGAGCGGCACAUCGACAGCAAGGAGUUCAUCCUGCGACAGGUGGGCUUCUGCGCGCGCUGGUGCCUGGACAAUUACUUCCUCAUCGAGGGCCGCAAGUACUCGUACGAGGUGGCCGACGUGAGCAACGUACGCGUGAUGCUCAACACCCGGGACGUCAGCGAGUACCUGAAGAUUUCCUCCGACGGGCUGGAAGCGCGCUGCGACGCGUACUCGUUCGAGAGCGUCCGGUGUACGUUCCAGGUGAACCAGGGCUGCUGGUACUACGAGGUGCUCAUCAUCACACCCGGCGUCAUGCAGAUCGGAUGGGCGACCAAGGACUCGAACUUUUUGAGCCACGAAGGGUACGGCAUUGGGGACGACGCGUACUCGAUAGCGUUCGACGGGUGCCGGAAGUUGAUUUGGCACAACGCCCGCUCGAUGCCACACGAUCUGCACAUCUGGAAGGGCGGUUCGGUGCUGGGGUGUUUGCUGGACUUGGACGCACGGGAGGUGAUCUUUUCGCUGGACGGCGUGGAAGGGGGCGUGCUGAAGCAGGUCUUUGGAAGUGCGAAGGAUGGCUUCUUUGCGGCCGCUUCGUUCAUGUCGUUCCAGCAGUGUCGGUUCAACUUUGGCUCGGCGCCGUUUGCGUUCCCGCCGAAGAAUCGACAGUUUAUGAGCUUCAACGAUCACGCCGAGCUCAAGGAUACGGAUAAGAUUGUCCUGCCGCGGCACCUGUUUCUUGAACAACUGCGCAAGCUGAGCGUCCGCGAGGACUCGUGUACGCUGUGCUUCGACAUGAAGGCCACGAUCCGGAUAGAACCGUGCAAACAUCGGGGCUUCUGCACGGUCUGCGCCGCCCAGCUGCAGUUCUGUCCGAUGUGCCGGGCGGAGAUCGUGAGCACCGUGCAGGAAGUGGACCCCGCCACCACCAGCAGCAGUCCCGCGUCGGAGGACGGCAGCGAAGCGACCUGAUAGCCGGGCCCCGGGCCGUAAGUAGCGAGUAAAACUGUCUCUGUUUGUGUGUUUGCGAUGGGAAUGUUUGUGGGUGUUUCAAACAAGUUUUGAAAACGUGCGAGAAAUCGAUGUUUCAAGAACAUGCGAAAAAAAAUCGUUUGUGAUAGUAAGAUUAUAUAAGGAAGAAUAGCUAUUUCUAAUUUUAGUCACACGCCAGCGAAAAGAACAUAAUUUUGGGCUCACAAUUUGCAAUCUGAAAACUCGUCACUUUUUAGCAAAACAAAAAAAAAAUGGUCACGUGUCGCGUACUUAAUGCAACUCAAACAAGCAACAACAAGAACUCACUUCCAGUCAACUCGGCGUAGCGUUCUAUGCUUUCGAAAUUUGUUCCAAAUUGUCUUCCGUAGGGAGUUUGCGAAGCUUGCGUGUGUAGCAUAAAAUGAGCCUAACCGGGAAAGAAAAGUGUGCGCCUAAUCAAGAUUAUACGUUUAUUAGAAGUUAUGUUUCAUUUUAUCAUCUUAUUCAGAAAAAUCAGAAUCGUAAAAGUAUAUUUACAUUCGAGCCUAGGUUUAGCCAGUUUAACAUUCAUCUAAUGAAAAAAGUGAAGCCAUUCGUUUGUUGUUUUAUUUUUUAAUGCUGCUACCUUCGAUGGGAAGCCAACCUCAUACAAUUGUUACAGAACGAUUGUACAGAAGAAACGUUCUAGAUUCGAACAGGCUUUUUUUAGUGUAGCGAUGAUCAUACUAUUAUAACGAAGAAUAAAAUACAUAUAUUUAAAUUCAACGAUCAUCAAACUAUUCGUUCCGUUAUCCGCGCCUAGCUAGCUCGGUUAUCAAGCGCGUGUUUCGUUGCAGGUGCAUCCGUGCUGAUUGAUAUUAAGCAAAAAAGAAAAACAAAACAAAUAAUAAAACAAACGGAACAACUGUACGAAAUCGAAAUGACUGAUAUAUUUUUGUAUGAACUGUGAAACAUGAAGAGCGGGCGAGAUGAAGAAAUACAAAAAGCAAACGCGCGAAAGCAUUAAAAUACACAAAUUUUUAUGUAAGAAAAGGAACACGAACACACAAGAAAUCUGGGUGGGCAAACACAAAAGAAAAAGCGCGAGCGCUGGUCACCCCUCUGUAAUUUUGGAAUUACUUCUGGAAAUAUACGAAGCAACAAUGUAAUAAAGCA